AUGGGAAUUCAAGGACUCAGAUGCCUAGUAUAUCUCGAUGACAUAGUGAUAUACGGAUCGAGUCUAAACGACCAUAAUAAACGCCUAACGGAAGUAUUGCAACGUCUACGAGAAGCGAACUUAAAGUUGCAACCGGACAAGUACGAGUUCCUGCGCAAAGAAGUAAAUUACCUAGGACAUGUAAUUUCCGAAGAUGGAAUAUCGAAGGUGGUCAUCAAGAUAGACGUGACGUCACUAUCAAAACGACUCACACAGGUAGAAAAAUACGUACGCAAAACGGAUAAUCUAGGCAAAAUGAUAGCAGUCAUAGGUAAAGAAACAUGCGAAAAUCUACACAGCGUCAUUGAAAAAGGGGAAUUACACCCCACCACUUCCGUUUCUUACGGGAUUAUAAAAACUGACGACCCAAUCGAGCCCCAAAGACUCGAUACUGUCGUUACGAUAAAUAAAGUUCAAGCUCAAGAACAAGAACAGCAGCAGCCAGGCGGAACCAGCCCCGCAAAUUACCCCGGUGACAUAAAGUUUCCAGGGCAUACACACCAACUUCAAGGACAGGAUGAAAAUUCCCGUGGAAUUUGA